CCUUGGGUUGAUAGUUUGACUGAUCAUUGAUACGCUAGUACAUGGUUAUUGUAGUUCGGAGCACUAAUGUAGCACACAGACGGGUGAGAACCAAUACACUGUUGCGGAGAGCACAAGUACUGCAGUUCAGCGUACAUAGUGCACUACACAGGGGGAACACAAAGUGUACUAACGUUGGGGAGUAAAAAGUUGUACAUUGUUGAAGGGAGCACAAUUGCACUACAUAGGCAAGUGCAAGUAAACUACAGUUUGGAGUACAACUUGCCCUCAGAUUUCCUUUUUCUUUUUGACAAAAUCUAUCAAUAUAGACCUAAUUCCGAAGAUCACGGCAAGAGGAGAAAAACCUCACCAAAACUCUUAACAUUGCAGCGUUUGAAAACGUCAGUUGCCGAACAAAAUAAAUCAGCCCACAGCAACGUCAACCUAGCUCAUUUAUGCGCGCUUAUUUAAGGCCACCCUGCUAACUUCUUCCCCUGCCCUCCCUCCCAAGUCCCAACGCUACAACUCCGAACAAACACCCCAAUAAAUCCAACCAACACAUAACCUCUCUCUCUCUCUCUCUCUCUCUCUCUCUCUCUCAAACGAAGAGAAGGAAGCAGCAAGGUACGCACAUGGCGGCAUCACCUCGGCCGCACACCUAUCUGUUGUUGCCAUCUCUGCUCCUCCUCCUGCUCCUCGUCGUCUCUUCCCGCGCUGCGAGAGUGGGAGCAACCGCAAGAAACCAGGCAGCCCAGGACGACCGCGGAGAGGUGGACGCCAGCGGCGAGGCGGCGGCGAGCUUCCUCAGCGCGGAGGCGGGGGAUGAAGGUUGCGGCGGUGGCGCCAAAGGGGGAGAUGGAGACGAUGAUGAGUGCUUGAUGAGGAGGACGCUGGUGGCGCACACCGACUACAUCUACACCCAGGGAGGAAACCACAACUAGCUAGCUAGCUACGUAGCUGGUACCCUAGCUGGGACUGAAAUCAUAGCAUCAUAUUUGUAUGAUCAAUAUGGAGAUUUUAUCAGUAAUUGGGCAGUUUUCUUUUUCUGUGAAUCGGGGUACUCGAUUGUAUAUAAGCUGCUAGAGAAAUCUUGUUGAGUUGUUUUGUGAUCUGCUGGUCAAGUCAGUGCGUUGGCUAGCUUGAGUAAGAACACAGGAAAGAAUCUUGUAGGUCACCCUUGAGCAAUAAUGAUAAUGCUACUGUUGUGUA